AAUUGUUGUGAUAAACUUAUUAAAUAGUUGUUUGAUCUUGUCAUUAAGAGACUUUCAGUGGUAGAAUCGAAGAAUGGCUGCAGCUAUGAGUGUCAAGAUGUUGUCUGUCAUCCUAGGACUCUACUUCAUCAUCAUGGGCCUGAACAAACUGGGUCCAUGGUUCAGCGUCGAAAUGCAUAAAUCACUAAAAACCCAACACAAAGAGCUUUUCAAAGGAAGUUUCUUCAAGCUAAUUGUUCAGCAGAAAUUGGAGGUUCCUUCCAUGUUGCCUUCAGUCUAUCGUCAGAUGAUGGGAUCCAAUGAAGCCUUCUGUGGUCUGCUGCUGCUUAUGUUUUUUCUUCCCCUCUUUGUGGGAAACAUGGCGAACUUGAUGCUCCUUCUGCAAUAUGCAGACUACCUCUUCAGUAAUUUCUACAUAGGAAACAAGUUCGACAAAACAGGAAGUGUCGCGGUGUUUCUCAUCCUGCUGAUGUCGCGCAUGAUUCUAGUGGUGCUUACUCGAGACUCUAAAGAUGCGGGCAAGGUCUAUGUCGAUGCCAGCAGAACCGGUAGCUCCUCACGAGCAGAUCUCGAGGAUGACGACGAAGAUGAGGAAGAUGAAACUCAAGUAACGGGCGAGGGAGAUCGAGAUCCGAAAAGUGCCCAAAAACAAGCAAGCCCAAAACCCGAACCCAAAAAAGUGAAAUGAUAUAUCUCAUUAUAUUAUUUAAAAACUGAACAGGAAAAAGAGAAAACUGCUCAAAACUGAUUAGGUUGCAAAGUUGAGAUCCGAUUAUCUUACUUCGAUGGGUAAAUUGCUUACAGCUGAAAUGGGUACUCCUUUAGAAUUAUGCUCCCAUUACAAGCCUCAUUUAGAAGUACGGUCUCAAAACAUUACCUGUGGUCCGUAAAAAAGUGACGAGUAAUCAUUUAAAAUAACGUAAAUAAUUAAGGAAAUAAUUUAGCGUUCAAAACUAUCAAAUUGCGAUU